AUGGCUUCAACUAUCUUCACAAAGAGUCUAUUGGGUCACCGCUUGGUUCACUCCUCUUUCUCUCUUUCCCACAAAACCCCACAAAUCUUUACUUCUCUCUUCACUAGGAGACCAUUUCAGCAAAGAGCUGACCCCUUCCAUACAUCAUAUAAGACAUCUAAGUGGGUUCCUUGUGUUAUGGCUUCAUCAGUAGUUGGGACAAGAGCUAAUUUCUCGACACAAUCUUUAUCCACAAACGAACCUGUUGUCUCUGUUGAUUGGCUUCAUGCUAACCUCCGGGAGCCUGACAUGAAGUUGUUGGAUGCGUCCUGGUACAUGCCCGAUGAGCAGAGGAAUCCAAUUCAAGAGUAUCAGGUUGCUCACAUUCCUGGUGCCCUUUUCUUUGAUGUAGAUGGAAUAGCAGAUCGAACUACAAAUUUGCCGCACAUGUUGCCAUCAGAGGAAGCUUUUGCAGCUGCUGUUUCUGCUCUUGGUAUUGAGAAUAAAGAUGGAUUGGUUGUCUAUGAUGGGAAGGGGAUCUUUAGUGCUGCUCGUGUUUGGUGGUAA